AUGGCUGAUGGUAUUUACUUUAAUGAAAGAACAAAAACUUAUGACAUUCCGAUAUCACACCUGGAUUUUAAGUAUCUUAAUUCUUGUAGUGACGUCGACGAGCUGGAGAAAAUAAUGAAAACCUUAAGAUCCGGUGAGGUUGGCCGUUAUGUGGAGCUGGAAUCCUGUUGUGAGGAAAGAAUAAAGUUGUUGAAUCCUAGAAGUCGGGUUCUGCGGAAGACAAUAGAACCAAUAAAAAUUACGCAACUGGAUAAAGAAGAAAGAUGUCAAGUUGAACAAGAUUUUCAGAGUUGGUUAGAUGAAAUGAAGUCUUUGAACGAAGAAUAUAAUGCGGAGGAAAGUGAUGAAAAUGACUUACCACCUGUUCGGCGCACAGUUGUUUUUCAUGAUGAACCAGCUAUAAGAGUGUAUUCAAGUGGUGAUAAUACAUUUGGUAGAAGGGUAUUGAAACCAAGAGAUUAUAGUGAAUGGGAUAAAUUAGAAAAAGUGUGGGAUAAAGAAUUAGAGGAAGAAAAUCAAACAAUAUGUAAACCUGAAAGAGGUGAAAUUAUGAAUUUAUCUGAAGUUGAAACACGUGGACUAACAAAACUUGAUUACAAAGAGUUGGCAUCGAGAGUAGCUAAUAUACCGAUUCAGACAAGACAAAAAUUAGCUGAACGAGAAAAAGACAAGGGGAAUGAAUCUUUUAAAUCAGGUGAUUAUACUGAUGCGUUGAACUAUUACAAACGAAGUCUUAUUAUCUAUGAAACAACUACUGUUUACAACAAUCGAGCCAUAGUAUAUUUACGACAGAAACAAUGGAACCAUGCAGUCAAUGAUUGUACAAAGGUGUUAAAAGUUGAACCGGAUAAUUUGAAAGCCUUAUUCAGACGUGGACAAGCAAAUUUUGAAUUACAUAAUUUAGAACAAGCUGAAAAAGACCUAGAAAGACUUACAGAUCAAGAUCCUACAAACUCUAAAGCUCAAAAUUUACUGCGUAAUGUAAGAAUAGCGAAAUCGAAGCGUGAGAAGCCACACUUGGAAGGGUCUAGACGUAUGGUUAUAACAGAUGUUGGUGAUUCAUCGGAUAGUUCAAGCAGUGAAGAUGAUGAAGUAGAGCAAAAAGGUGAACAUGAUGACGAGCAGAAACACCAAUCAGCAAAGCUGAGUGAAAUAAAGCUUCCAAUCGAUGAAAUCAGUGGUACAAAUCAUCAUGGGGCUGAUGACGAAGGCAACAAUCUGUAUAAUAAUGUCAUCAUCAAGAAUACUGAAGUUAGGUUGAAUAGCGAAGACACUGCAAAUCCCAAACGGCGAAACUUCUUUGAUGAGUCUGAUAUUUUCACAGAUGAAACCAAAACACUGGUCACAUGUGGAGAGGAUACACAAUAUUCUGAGGAAAUUAGAAAAACGUCGAUGAAUAGAGAGGUGUCAGUUGAAAUUAAUGACACGUAUUCAAUUUCUGAUUAUGAAACAUUAAAACAAGAAGGGAAUAAUUCCUUUAAAAAGGGGGAUAUGCAAUUAGCCUUAAAAUAUUUUGACAAGUGUAUCCAAGUAUGUUUAAAGAAUAACUUGCAUAAAGAUAAACGAUUAGCAAUUAUCUAUCGUAAUCGUUCAUUAAUACAUUUACAAACUAAUGAAUAUCGAUUGGCACUGAAUGAUUGUACACUGGCUUUGUCGAUAGAACCCAAUUGUCCAAUUGCCACAUAUCGAAAAGCUAUGGCAUUGAAGUUUUUAGGUGAUUACGUUAAUUGUAUACAAAACUUGGAGAAAGCAAAAGAUUUGUGUCCAACUAAUAAUAAAAUUAUUGAAGAAUUGAAUAAAGUGAAAUACAUGCUAGCUCAAAAAGCAAGGUUAAAUACAGAAACAUCAAUAAAUCAUUCCAAAGCUCUAGGAACAAGUACAAUGAAUGCAACAUCAGAUAUUGAGAUAGUUGAACUUCCAAAUGUUGUGAUAGGAGAAGAGGAGGAUGAACAUAGAGAAGUAGAAGUAGUAGACGAAGAUGAUGAUGAUUAUGACAGAUUAUCAACCAUACAAUACGAUAAAAUCGCUUCUUCAUCUUAUAAUACUGCUGAUGUUUCAAAAAAGCACUUGAGUGAUACAUCACCUACAUGUAAGCCUAUUGAUGCUGACUGGGAAGUUGUAAAUCUUGUCAAACAACAAAAUGAAAGAAAUACUACUAUUAAGACUAUGAAUAUUACUAGUAGUAUUGUUAAACACACCAUAGAAAAUAAACAAAUCACAACUCCUCAUGAAUUUCAAACUUGUUGGAUAGAUAUUCAACAUUUGAAAAAAUCAAAUGUAGCUGAUGCUACAAAUAGGAUUAUAACAUUACUAGAUAGUAUAUCAUCGGAACAACUACCAAAAUUGAUUGGGAUCCGAAUGGAAGCUGAAAUGUUGGAUGACCUGCUGACUGCAAUUGAUGUGAAAAUGAAGACUGAAAAUGGAAAUGAUUUACAAAUUUAUGAGAUUCUAAUCAAUUUGAGCAAGACAGAACGAUUCGAUUGCGCUUUAUUCUUAAUUAAUGAACAAACAGUGCAAGCUAUAAAAAAUAUACUGGCUCGAUUUCAUCAUAAUCAGGAAUUAAAACAAGACCAAGUUGAACAGCUUCAAUUAAUUUAUUCAUUAUAA